AUGUAUUAAACAGGUUGGAGAUAGAGGACAUUGCUUGCAUAAAGCUCAUAUUUCGUAGCGCAGAACUUUUCACUGGUCACAGUUGCUUAUAGGCCCACAGGUGUAACGCAUUAAACAAAUUAUUUCUAUUUGACUGAGAGCUAAAUAGUAUUCGCCCUAUUAGCUCAUUACUGUUGACGUUUAUACUGAACAUUGUUGUUGUCGUUCUUCCGAUUGCUGCUCCGGUUUACUGUUGCUGCUGCUGUUGUUGCUGCUACUGAAAAACAAAUUGUUCACGCAACAGGACAUUGCUAUCAACGUUGAAUUGGACACUUGGCCAUGUUUAGGGUCAGAGCUUUCAUCUUCAUCCUGGUAAUCUGUAAGGUGUCAUCUGAUGCAUCAUCUAAAGGGCACACGCAAACGAUCAGCUGUCCCACACAGAUAUCUAAAACAUACAAAGGAUUAUUUGCAAACUGUAGGGGUCUUAACUUGACUACGGUUCCUGACCUAGAAGGUAACAUAGCAGCACUAGAUCUCAGUGAGAACCGGAUAAAUCUAACAGGAAGUGACUUUAUGAGGUAUCCAUAUCUGGUGUACUUGAAUCUUGAAGGUAAUGGUCUGAAUAGACUUCCAUUCGAUGUGUUCACUGGAUGUGGAAAGCUGAAAUUCUUAAAUUUAAAACAACAAUCUAAACUACAGCCUCAGAUCAUUUCCUGAAAACGUCUUCACUCCUCUGCACGUCCUAGAGGCACUGGACAUUGGUAAUAAUAAUAAUGCGGCUUUGACAUUUCCCGACAGUGUAGUUAAACCACUAACAAAUCUUACAAAUAUUACAAUAGAUACAUCUUCUAA